AUGGCGUCUCUUGCUCUUUCUCUUAAGCGGGCGCAUGCCCCUCUCCGCAAAGCGCUGCGCGCAACAUCUACUCUACGAACUUUCGCCACUGUACCUCCGAGCGGCAGCGAGCCCAACAAACCUCAACGAAAGAGCUAUUUCAAGGACACGACUGUCUCUGAAUUCUCAGACUUCCUUGGUACAUCAUCUCCGACUCAGCCGCUGUCAACAGCAGAGGCAUACUCUCUCAAGACCGCCGAGGUCGGCCCUGAGGGCAAGAAGCGAACCAUCACACGACUGCCCGAAUGGCUCAAGACCCCGAUCCCCGCUGGAAACGAUAACUUCAAGGCAAUCAAGAAGGACCUGCGAGGAUUGGGUCUGCACACCGUCUGCGAGGAGGCAAGAUGUCCCAACAUUUCCGAGUGUUGGGGUGGUUCGGAUAAGAAUGCUGCCACAGCUACUAUUAUGCUGAUGGGAGAUACAUGUACCAGAGGAUGCCGUUUCUGCAGUGUCAAGACAAACCGCAACCCCGCUGCAUUGGACCCUCACGAACCUGAGAAUACUGCAGAGGCGCUGGCUAGGUGGGGUCUGGGCUACGUUGUGUUGACCAGUGUGGAUCGUGACGACCUGGCAGAUGGUGGUGCGCACCACUUCGCUGAGACCAUUCGAAGAAUCAAGCAAAAGAAGCCGUCAUUGCUUGUUGAAGCCUUGACUGGUGACUUCCGUGGAGAUUUGGACAUGGUCAAGGUCGUGGCUGAGAGUGGGCUUGACGUCUAUGCGCAUAAUGUUGAGACUGUUGAGGGCCUCACUCCUUAUGUGCGAGACCGCAGAGCUACUUUCCGACAGAGUCUGGCUGUAUUGAAGAAUGUUAAGGAUGUUAUGGGCAAGGAUGGUCCUAUCACCAAGACCAGUAUUAUGCUGGGACUUGGUGAACAGGAGCAUGAGCUCAUGUCUGCGCUCGAGGAACUCCGAAAGGCUGAUGUGGAUGUUGUUACAUUCGGCCAGUACAUGCGCCCGACCAAGCGCCAUCUCAAGGUAGAGAAGUAUGUGACUCCUGAUGAGUUUGAGAUGUGGCGCAAGCGAGCUCUGGAUAUGGGCUUCCUGUACUGCGCCAGCGGACCUCUCGUGCGCUCCUCAUACAAGGCUGGUGAGGCGUUCAUCGAGAACGUCCUCCGAAAGCGCUCCGGCGAGAAGGGCAUGGCCAGUGGAAACCUAGGCCAGACCGUUGCCCUCGACUCGACCCAUUCGACGAUUUAA